UGGUCUGUGCUGGUAACGCCCCACCCGCUUUCCGGGUCGGGACCGGCCGAGCGGAGCGGAACCGGGACAGCCGGGCCGGGCCCACCGGGAGCAGCCGAGCUUCAGCUGGCAGAACGAAGCAGAACGGGCCGAACCGGGCCGAGCAGAACCCUACCGGGCUGAGCCGAGCUGAGCCGAAUGCGACCGGGCUGAGCCGAACCGGACCGGGCCGGGAGUAGCCGAAGGCGCUCGGGCCGAGCCGAGCGGAGCCGGGGGCAGCCGAAGGCGCUCGGGCCGAGCCGAGCGGAGCCGGGAGCAGCCGAAGGCGCUCGGGCCGAGCCGAGCGAAGCCGGGGGCAGCCGAAGGCGCUCGGGCCGGCCGGUUGCGGCGCGGGCCAUGGGGCAGAUCGAGUGGGCCAUGUGGGCGAACGAGCAGGCGCUCGCCGCCGGGCUCAUCCUGCUGACGGGCGGGAUCGUGGCCGUGGCGGGGCAGUUCAAGGGCUGGUACUUCGCGGCGUAUUCCAUUGCGGCAGGUGUCCUGGUCUGCCUGCUCGAGUAUCCCAGGAGCAAACGGAAAAAGGGCUCCACCAUGGAGAGGUGCGGCCAGAAGUACCUGACAGCUGUGGUGAAGCUCCUGGGGCCCCUCACCAGGAAUUAUUACAUCCGAGCCGUUCUCCACGCUGCCCUGGCUGUCCCUGCUGGAUUCCUCCUCUCCACCAUCCUGGGCACCGUCUGCCUGGGCAUUGCCAGUGGCAUCUACCUGCUGGCUGCAGUUCGAGGGGAGGAGUGGAGACCCAUCGAGCAGAAGCCCCGGGAGCGGCCACAAGUGGGGGGCACCAUCAAGCAGCCCCCCAGCAACCCCCCGCCCCGGCCCCCCCCCGACGCCCGCAAGAAGCAGCCGGAGGUGGGGGGGCAGGUGAACCCCAUCCCCGUGGAGGUGGAAUAAUGGGGGAUCCUCCUGCCCUGCUCCUGCUCCUGCUUCUCAGCCACUCCUGGGUCUGCUGCAGCCAUCGGGCUCCUGGGGGUCCCCAGAAGCCCGGGGGUGCUGAGCUGCUUGCUGUGGGUCCCCAGCUCCUGGUGAUGCUCAGAUCCCUGGGAUCAUCAGUUCCCCUGGGCUCCCCAAGGGAUUCCCAAAUCCCCAGUGAUGCUCUGGGGUCCCCAGCUCUCCUGGGGAUCCCCAAAUCCCCUAUGAUGCUCAGCUCCUUGUAGGAUUUCCAUCUCCAUGUAGGAUCUCCAUCUCCUGGGGAUCCCCAAAUCCCCUAAGAUGCUCAGCUCCCAAAUUUGCAGCGAUGUGAUGUUCCCUGUGGGGUUUCCAGCCCUCAGGGACUUCCCAACUUCUGGAGAGUCUCAAAUCCCUGGGGCUGCUCAACUCCCUAUGGGGUCUCCAGCUCCCAGGAGCUCCCCAGCUGCUGGACCUCCCCAAAUCCCCAAGAAUGUUCAGCUUUCUGUGGGGUCUGCAGCCCCCAAGGCCUUCCCAGCUCCUAAGGAUCCCCCAAAUCCUUGGGGAUUCUCAGCUCCCUGUGAGUCUCCUGCUUCCAGGGGCUUCUCAACUCCUGGGAAAUCCCAAAUCCCUGGGCAUGCUCAGCUCCCUGAGGGUCCCAGCUCUCCAAGCACCCCCCAGUUCCCUGGGGGAUCCCCAAAUCCCUGUGGAACUCCAUCUCUCAGGGAAUCCCCAGCUCCCAGGGGGAUCAGGCAGCUCUGCUCCCGCUCUCCCUGGUUUUUGUCAUUUUUGCAGUUGCUGUUGCAAUAAAAAGUGGGAAAGGCA